AUGGGCAUUUUGCUUGUUUAUGAUGUCACUGAUGAGUCAUCAUUUAAUAAUAUAAGAAACUGGAUCAGGAACAUUGAGCAACAUGCUUCGGACAAUGUGAACAAAAUUUUGGUAGGCAACAAAGCUGACAUGGAUGAAAGCAAAAAGGGUGCAAAGACAAACCUAAAUGUGGAGCAGGUUUUCUUUUCGAUAGCAAAAGAUAUCAAGCAAAGGCUUGUGAAAACUGAUUCAAAGCCUGAGGAUCGUACCAUCAAGAUCGACAAGCCUGAAUGCAAUGGUGAGGCUACAGCGUCGCGAUCAGCCUGCUGUGGAUCCUGA